CCCAUCGUACUCUUUUAUGCAAAAUGACGGUUUUGUCCCUGCGUCCUUCCGAAAUUCGCUACAGUCAGGGCACUAUCGCCAGGUGCUUUAAAAAUGGACGCCAUUCUGAAACACCGAUCGGACAGACAUUGGAUGAUCUAAUAGAACACAAAUGUACCAUUCAUGAUAUCAAAAAAAUUACCGUGACUUCACGUGACGGAAUUUGGUAUUCAGGAGACAACAGACGACUAUGGGUGUUCCGAAAAUAUGAAGAACUUGGAAUCAUCGACAGAAUUUCCGCAAAAGAAGGGUAUGUUCAUUCGCAAAAGUUCACAACUGACAACCAUGGUGUGUCAGUACGUGUUCGUGGGGAUCCUGGUGGACAGGUAUGGAGGAAUUUUAAAGAGCUGAUUAUCAAAACAACUGAAACAUCAAAAGCUGUUGACAUCAGGGAGUCUAAGGCUAGUACACUACAAAAUAACAAUUCCGUGGUAAUAUCACUUGUGGAAGAUGACAUACAGCCAUCAAACCAUGAACUGUGUGAUUUUUCUGAAGAGUUGAAAGCCAGUGUCAUGAUAGAACCUUCGCUGGGUAAAGGAUAUUCAGAAGAAACUGGUUCUUGUCUCGAACGUACUUCAUCCUACGUGGAGGAUGUUACAACAAAGGGGCAAGAAAACCUAGUAGAUGCUGGAAAUGAAGAUGACCGCCAGCAUGUCUGUAGGACCAAUGACUUACCUUCAACAGAAAGGAUGACUUUUCGGUCUACUCAUGAUUCAAAUUGUAUAGUGUCAAACAAUAACUACGUAAGUGCGAACUUGUCUUUGUUGGACGGCUCUCCAGUUUCCAGUCACCAUUCGGUGGAUAUCCAAACUAUCCAUUUAACAGUGAGCAGACCUGGGCAAUCUGCUGAUAGACAGAAACUUACAAAACUGUGUCUAACGCGUAUUUCAGAAAAGUGUAUUACUCCACAUUGUAUAUGUUUUAUAUUUAUUGCAAGUAUUGUGUUGAUGUUUUUGUAUUUUGCUAUUUUGGUUUUCACUUGA